AUACGCGGAAAUCACGGAAGAUUUAGAAGAACGAAUAUGGAACAAAUAGAAGAGCACUUGGCAGAAGAGAUCCGAAAGUAUGACCAGUUGUAUAACCCGUCACUGACUGGAGGAUUUGUCCGCCAGAAAUAGGCUAUUAGGAGCCGGAGUGGCGAUGUAAAUAAACAGUCGACGAAGAAGAAGACGUCUCUUCGAGAGCAGAAGGUGGCGGUAAUGCGCAUAUAGCUGGAUGCCAACCGCCCUAAAUCAAGAAGAAGAAAAUGAAGACGUCAUUAGUCCGCGCCGCAUGGAGAAACGUGGGGUUAGCGUGCAGGGACGAGUUUACCACGUGAAGCUGUGUGAUCAUGGCGUCGGUGCAAGACCCAGAAAUACAGUUCGCACAGAAACUAGCCUCUAACGAGAAGCCGGUCCGGACCAAGGCUAUAAAGAAACUGAGGAAAUACAUCAAUGUUAGGUCACAGAAGGGGACAGAUGGAUUCACUGAUGAUGAGCUGCUCAAGCUAUGGAAAGGUCUUUUCUACUGCCUGUGGAUGCAGGACAAACCACUGCUCCAGGAGGACCUAUCAAACCAGAUCUCCAACCUGAUCCACAGUUUCCAUCAUAUAGAUGGUCAGUUUUUAUACCUUGAGAGCUUCCUGCAGACCUUCAAGAGAGAGUGGACUGGUAUUGAUAGGUUGCGGAUGGACAAGUUCUUCCAGCUGAUUCGCUUAAUGUUCAAACAAACUUUUGAGAUGCUGAAGAGGAAAAACUGGGAGAGCAGUGUGGUAGCCAGGUUUCUUGAGUUGCUGACAGCACAGCUCCUGCGAGGUGGCAGUGCAGCGCCCAGCGGGCUGCAGUUCCACAUCCUGGAUCUAUACAUGACUGAACUGGCAGCUGUGGGUUCAUCAGAGCUCACUGCUAAUCAGAACUUGAUGUUCAUUGAGCCGUUCUGCAAAACAGCUGCCAGAACCAAAGAUCGGACUCUUUUCAGAGCCAUCUGCAAUAGCAUCUUCAGCUCUAUUAUUGACCAGGCUCCCUUCGCCAUUGAAGAAUUGAUGCAGGAGGUGAACGCAGCUGAGGAUUCUGACUCGGGACAGGCUUCUGAAGGGGAUGACAAAGACCAAGUAAAAGGAAAAAUGAGUGAACAAAUCUGCAAGAAAUGGACAAGGAUGAAAAUCAAUGUUAGUAAAUCAAAUCAAGAGGGGGAUGAUGAGCUUCUUUACUCAGAAGACUCAGACACAGAGCUGCCAUGUGAUGGUGACAUCGGACCAGUUCUACAGUUUGACUAUACGGCGCUGGCAGAAAAGCUGUUUGAGUUAGCCAGCCGGAGCAGCACACCGAGCCAGAACAGACAGAGACUCUACAAAAUCAUAAAAGUACUGCAGGACCUCGGUGAAGGCAUCUUUCCUCAGGAUGUAUAUCCAGAGGAGGUCUCUACUGAUGAGGAUGAUGAAAUGUUUGGCAGCAGGAAGAGGAUGAAGAGAGGAUGUCGUCCUAUGGAUGAUGAUGAUCAGAAGGGGAGCCCAGCAGCUAAGAAAAGGAAGAAAAAGGAGGCAUCCACACUAGGCAAGCAAAACAAGGACGUGGUAAAACAUGACAGUGAAAGAGUAGACCAAACCAAUAAUGAUGGCGGGAAAAAGAAAAAAAGGAAGAAGAAAGCGGAACAGGGAGGAAGGGUACAAAGUGAGGAAAAAACAGAGCGGUCAAAACAGGGACAGACCAUGGCUCAAACUCAAAUGAAAGAGAUUGAAGAAGCUGAAAGAAUUCCACAGUGCGCAGAAGAUUUAGAAAAGGAAGCAGAGGUGAAAAUCCACGUAUUGACUGCAAAAGUCACAGAGGCAACUACUGCACAGGAUCAAUCAGAAACUCUACUCCUCUCUGAGGUAAACAAGCAGCCCUUCGUUAGAGUUACAGAAGAUGCUGCACAACCACAGUCCUGCACUAACGACAAGGACCAAACUGAAGGCUUUUCAAAGAAGAAGAAAAGGGACACUUCUGGGUCCAAACCUUGGAUAGUGGCAGUAGAGGAUCAAGAGACCUUUGCCGCAACAGAGCCAGAAAUGUCCACUCAAGCAGAGGCUUCUGUAAACGGAAAGAGUAAUAAAAAAAAGAGUCUAAAAGCUGAGGAGCAAACAGAUGGGAUUAAGACUCAGUUACAGGUCAGUGCAGAGACGGAGAUAGUAAGUUGUGAAACAUCAGCAGAAGAAACUGUGACAACACUGCAGAAUGAUGCUAGAUUCUCUACCAAGAAGAGGAUGGGCAUGAAGUCUGAAUUCCAACCUGAGGGUGAAUCACAGAUUCACAAUGGGAGCUCAGAAGCCAAAACCAAACUUAAAGAGCCAAGUCAUGCUACAACUGCUGCAAAGAGUAAGAAAAAGAUCCAAAAGGUAAAUGCACAGGUUGAGGUAGAGGACAAACCUCAACUUGCUUCUGAAGCCACUCAACCUACCACUUCAGUGCCAAUUGAAAGAAAGAAAAAGGGCAAGAAGAAAAUUGAACAGAAACUGCUCACCACAUUAGAAAAAAAGAGAGACAUUCCUAAGAUGGCGACAAUGCAGCUCAAAGAUGUAACCCAACUGCAGACGGUUGGUAGUCUGGAUUCAGAGCUUCCCCUAGAAGUAACUGAAGCAAUUUUCUCCAAAAGGAAAAAAACCACCAAAAAGAAGAAGAUCCCUGUGGUGUUUGAGUUUGAGACUGAUCAGCUGGUGAUGACUACACGGGAGGUUGCCAUGAUCAAUGCAGAAGAGGAAACUUGUGCAAAGAAGAAAAAACUUGGAAAUAAGACUCAAACUCCCAAAUCCAAGAAGGUGACAUUUGGUCUCAAGAAUAAUAAAACGGCUGAGUUUAGAAAAACGGAUCGCAGCCUGCUGGUGAGUCCAGACGGGUCGUCACGAGUGCCCUUUGACCCAAAGCAGAAACCCAAGUUUGGGGUCUUAAAGUCUCCUCCCACACCAGGCUCAACCAACCUGAAAACAACCCCCAAGGUCAACAGGAAGAAGACUUUGAAUAGUCUAACAACCACACCUAAACGACGGCCUUCGGCGGCAGACUUCUUCUAAAUUCACACAGUGAAAAGAUGUAAUACUCAAAAUGUUUUAAUGAUAGACUGACUGAACCAAUCAGAUUUGACUCUAGAAAAGUAUUUUUGUUUUUGUUUACUGUUUAAUUUUGCCGUUUUGGGUGACUUGAUGUUUGAAUAAAGUUGCUCAUUCCAGCUUCCAGCUCAAUUUGAGCAAAUGUUCAGCU